ACUGUGGCCCAUGGGGCCCUUGGUGCUGCCCACCUGGCUGCAGCCCAGGUAUAGGAAGAAUACAUACCUUUUCGUCUACUACUUAAUCCAGUUCUGUGGCCACUCAUGGAUACUGACAAAUAUGACAGCCAGAUUCUUCUCGUUUGGGAAAGACUCAAUGGUGGACACGUUUCAUGCUAUUGGGCUGGUUAUGCGGGCUUGCCAGUCCAUCUCCCUGUUGGAGCUGCUGCACAUUUAUAUUGGCAUUGAGUCAAAUCAUCUCCUCCCAAGGUUUCUGCAGCUCACAGAGAGAGUAAUUAUCCUCUUUGGGGUGAUCACCAGUCAAGAGGAAGUCCAAGAGAAAUAUGUAGUAUGUGUUUUAUUCAUUUUUUGGAAUCUACUGGAUAUGGUAAGGUAUACAUACAGCAUGCUCUCAGUCAUAGGAAUAUCCUAUGCUGCCUUGACAUGGCUCAGCCAGACACUGUGGAUGCCCAUUUACCCUCUGUGUGUUCUUGCCGAAGCAUUCACCAUCUAUCAGUCACUGCCUUUUUUUGAGUCAUUUGGUACCAACUCUACCAUGCUGCCAUUUGACAUGUCCACCUAUUUGCCUUACGUGCUGAAGCUGUAUCUCAUGAUGCUCUUCAUAGGUAUGUAUUUCACCUACAGUCAUCUUUACUCAGAAAGAAAAGACGCCCUCCGAGUCUUUUCUGUCAAACAGAAGAAAAUGUGAGGCAGCAUCCCUGCCCAUCACACAAGAGAGAAGACGGGCUGGUGGAUUACGCUGCAGCUGAUACAGCGCUGGGCAUCUGCUGGAGAGAAAGAACUUAGAACGACAAAAAUUUACAGCAUACAGGCACCAUGGCACCUUGUUCUGCAUCUACUGUGCUGUAAGAACAGAUCCUCAACAGGCUCAGAGUAUCCUGUUUUACCAGGGCUCUGGAUUCAUACAAGUUACAUUUACACUGUGUGCAGUCUGAAUGUUUCCCUGUAGAGUUAAUGAGAAAGUCAGUGGAAUAAAUUCAGUUGACUUGAGAAAACAAUUAACUUCUGCAACCACAACUAGCAGAUUUAUGGGAAGGGACUGUUGUACAAUGCCCUCUUUAAAUCUAACAUGCUCUAUGGACAAAAGUCUCUGCCCUUGGAACAUAUACUUAGAAAACCAAACAUCUUCCUGUGUCUUAGCUCAGGUGGCUGCUGUGUCACCAAGUGCACCCUCUACCCUUUACAGAACUUAGCUGUCAGAAUACAGAAACUUGUUUCAGGGUUCAGGAGGCUUGGAGGUCCAAUAUCAAGAUGCUAGUCAAUUCAUUAAGGGUAAUGUAGAUGUGAAAUGUAGCUCUAAUCUGCCACUCCAAGCAGGAACACUGCUAGUUUGUGCUGUAGCUAAUAGAGAUAGGAAGACAACUGGACUUCUUGGAUUUGGCAGAAUGGACUCUUGAGCUCUUUGGAUAUAUAUAUAGCCUUUCUAAGACAAGGGUGAUCUUGAAUCACAGAUUAUCAGAGCUGCCUCCUAAAUGGCAUAGCAGCAACUUAUCAGCCUGAUUUAUUUUUUAUUUUUUUUUUGCUUGUUUUUGUUUUUUGAGGAUUACAGAGGAUUUCUCUGUAUAGUCCUGGCUGUCCUAGAAAUCACUCCGUAGACCAGGCUGGCCUCGAACUCAGAAACCUGUCUGCUUCUGCCUUCUGAGUGAUGGGAUUAAAAGGUGUGUGCCACCACCACCUGGUUGUCAGCCCUGAUUUUUUAUGAUGAUGAGUUCCCUAAGAAAAUGGGUCUUCCACUCCGGUACUCUCUUCUUUCUCAGCUCUGACCAAAGUCACCUUUAUCAAACCCUUAAAUGUGAUAGCAGCAUUUUAAAACUCUUCCACCAUCUCCUCAUUAAUGUCACAGCAACUUUUCGACUGCUGUGCUUUGGGUGUAAUAGUGCCUUGCCUUCUGUAUCCACUGCUCUCUCAGGUUGUAUU